AUGCCAUCUUACCCUAUUCGUCGCCGGCCGCGUGAAUGCAAGACCUGUUUACCGUGCCGAGCGAGCAAAGUCCGCUGCGAUCGCAAAGUCCCAUGCGGGAAUUGCACCAAGCGCAAAUUCACCUGUUCCUAUGGUCGUCCGCUGUCUUCAAAGACACCCCUGCCUACGGCCGUCACCACUGCCUCCUCCACCCCAUCACAGCCUCUGAAUUUCGUCUCUCCCACGAUCCCACCUCAUGCCCGCUCGGCUUCCAUCGACGGCUCAUAUACAACCGACCAUCCCACCGGCACCAGCGCCGAUCCAGAUUUACCGGACAACAUCGAUAUCUCACAGGCGGAAUGGGAUGAGAUCAACACGAAGAUGGUCGCGAUGCAACAAAUCAUCGGUAGUCUGCAUUCGCUCUUCCAGGCGCACUCGACGCGCAAGCCGCCAAAUCCCGAACCUGUUCAACAAAAAGCACCCGCCCCGUCGGAAGAUGUCUACGGUUCGAAUGUGUUGAAGACGGGAAGGGUCCAUUUCGGAUCGCGGUCAGCGCUGGUUGAUAUUCUGGAAAAAUCGAAGCGGUCGGAGGACACAGCGCAGGCGCUUCCCCAAGAUGACCUUCUUGCCGAGCUUGCGUUGGGGAAUGUGUCUGUUGCAUACCCGUUUGUGGAUUUGUGGUCCUCCGAUCCCUACACAUUCAAUAUCGCCGGGGUGUGUGGGGUUCUUCCGGAAGACUCGCAGUGUUUAGAGUUUUUGGCGUUUUACCGGGAUAUAGGAUCGGUGCUAUACCCCGUGCUUUCGGAUAUCCCCAGGUUAGAACAGCAAACGAAACAACUGCUCGAAAAUCGACGAAGAGCAGGAGGUGUUUAUAAAGCCGAUGCCAACGGAUUAGUGAAACCAUUCGGGAUGGACUUGGCUUUUCUGAGUCUGCUCUUUGCGGUUCUUGCGUCCGGAUGUCAACUGUCCAGCAUUCCUGAAAGCGACCGCGAGUUGACUUCAUGGAUAUACGUAUCCUGUGCGUAUCAAUGUCUUCGGAUGUUGAAUUAUGUAUCCCAACCCACAAUAGAAGUAAUCCAGAUUCUUCUGAUCAUUAGCAAUGUGCUUUCAUACAAUAUGAAUGCAGGUGCAUCAUAUACAUUGCUUGGCAUGACGGAGCGAAUGUGUCUGGUCCUCGGGCUCCACGUUGAGACGACAGGGUUCACAGCUGCAGAGCAGGAGACGCGAAGGCGUGUCUGGUGGACAAUGGCCUUCCAAAACAGCCAUUUUUCGCUUGCCUAUGAUCGGCCAUCCAUCACCAUGGUUAGCCAGCCCGAAAUCCCGUUCGACUCCAAGUCAAUGCCGGGCCAUCGGUCGUACUUCGAGACUUUGUGUCGCAUCGUUUCCUUAGCGUUGGAGGUUCUGCGGUCGCGCAUGUAUCCCGAAUCAUCUCAGCUGCGCAUACAUGAGAUCCGAGAGUAUAAACAACAGAUUCAACGUAUGCUUGGUGAAGCGACUCCCCAUUUGCGGUUUCGGGAUAAGUGUCAUUCUCUCGCCGAGCAUAUUGAGAGGACCGAGUUACGUCUCCAUUCAUCAUAUCUUCUCUCUGUCUUGUGUCGUGUCUCCCUCGACCCACACGCCCAUUUAGACGAACAGCGUCGUGCGUUGAUUCGAGAAGACUGUAUCGGUAGCUUGAUCAACACCAUCGAUGCAUUUGUCGAGUUGCACGAGAUCAAUUCUCACUGCUCCCGCUCAUGGAUCAGUCUUCAGCGAAGCAUUGCAUCGGCAUUCUUGCUCGUCGCAAAUGACGACAGCUUCCAGACCUGGCAGCUGAUCGAUAGGCUGGAGACAGUGCUGGCAGAUCAUGUCUAUGCAGACGACGGGAACCACAACAACCGCACCGACUCCGCCAAGCACCUAUCAUCGUCACUUCGCGCGCUGCGUGAGAUCCGCGAGUCCUUCAGCGCUCGCAAGAAUCCCGCGACAGGACUGGCUUAUUCCCCUCCGGUCUUGCCUUCUCCUCCCCCGGCCCUCACCUGCCCCCACUGGCACCGUCUGAUACCGGUCCGCCGUCAAUGA